GCCUGCCGUUUUUUUUAUCUGCACCAGUCCCGCUGCCUACGCGAUCUGAUCUUAGAGGCUUGUAGGGAGCAAAAUGGGCUCGGAUGGAUCUUGACUCCACCAGGGGGUGGUUCCGUGAUCAUAGUUUUUGUAAGAAUAAGAGGUCUUCUACCGCGAUUAGAGCGUCAAUGGAUUCUAUCUCAUGGGUUUACGUGUUGCUUCUGGGAUGGCAGAUCUGUGCAUUGUGAGCGUGGCACGGUCGUCAUUAGUGGCGGUGAAGAGAGCUGAAGUGGGUUCAUGUUUUGUGGAUGAGGUCCAUUUUAGCAGGACCUUGGACUUGCCCGGCGCAGUAGGCAGCCAUUGGGGCAGGUCUUCCCACCACUAUUUUGUGCACUGCUGUCAACAAAGUCUGUGCUUCAAAAAUGGAAGGUGCUGGUGGAAUGGAGAGUAUGUCAAAUACUUACUGCCUUCUAAAGCAAGGUGGCCAUCGAGAGGUUGUGGCUAGCAUGUAGAAUGACGUCUGUAGGAUGUGUGAAUAACGGUUAUGCUUUGGGCAUGGCUGGUUAACUUUGCGCAGAAAGCCACUAUGUUUCUGUAGAAACUCAGGUGUAUUUGAUUUAUCAACACAUAUAAUUUGUACUUAUGUUAGAGUCUCUUAGAUAGGGUUGUGGAAGUAUGAUGGUCUUGCUGUGCGAAACAUAAUAUUAAUAAUAAUAAUAAUGAUAAACAUCAGCUUUGCAAUGGUACUGAAUUGCAAUCGAAGUUGGUGACUCUCUUUGGGAUAA